CAAUUUUGUUUUGAAUGGCGCAGCAAAAGUACCUUCACCAGCGCCCCAUCCAAAACCCAUUCACAAACCCAUUCUCUUCCUCUCCUCUCUCAAACUCUUCCCUCUCUAACCGUCCCAUCUCCCUCCUCUCCCGCAACGGCCUCCUCCUCCUCCUCGCACUCCUCGUCAUCCUCGGCGUUUUCCUACCCUGGGCUGGAUCUCCCUUAUUCCCCUUCCCAAACACGCUCUCUCCUUCUCAGUCCAAGUGGCGCGACUACUCCCUCGCUCAAGCCGUUGAAUUCGCAGCUAAGAACGGCACCGUGAUCGUCUGCGCCGUGAGCUAUGCUUACUUGCCUUUCCUCAACAACUGGCUGAUCAGCGUCUCCAGGCAGAAGCAUCAGGACAAAGUCCUCGUCAUCGCUGAGGAUUACGCUACUCUCUACAAGGUUAACGAGAGAUGGCCUGGUCACGCCGUUCUAAUCCCUCCCGCGUUCGAUUCUCAAACCGCUCACAAGUUCGGUUCCCAGGGCUUCUUCAACUUCACAUCUAGGAGGCCGCAGCAUCUCUUGCAAAUUGUGGAGCUAGGUUACAGUGUCAUGUACAACGAUGUUGAUAUGGUCUGGCUCCAAGAUCCGUUCAAGUAUUUGGAAGGAAGGCAUGAUGCAUACUUCAUGGAUGACAUGACUGCUAUUAAGCCGUUGGAUCAUUCUCAUGAGUUACCGCCUCCUGGUAAAAAAGGAAGGCCUUAUAUAUGUAGCUGCAUGAUUUUCUUGCGCCCCACUAGUGGCGCAAAGCUUCUGAUGAGGAAAUGGAUUGAGGAACUUCGAGACCAGCCUUGGUCUAAAGCUAAGAAAGCAAAUGAUCAGCCUGGUUUUAACUGGGCACUUAUGAAAACAGCUCAUCAGGUGGAUCUCUACUUGCUUCCCCAGGCAGCGUUUCCAACAGGGGGAUUGUACUUCAAGAACAAGACAUGGGUAAAGGAGACAAAGGGGAAGCAUGUGAUAAUCCACAAUAACUACAUUGUUGGUUUUGAAAAGAAGACCAAACGUUUCCGUGACUAUGGUCUAUGGUUAGUGGAUGAUCAUGCUCUUGAGUCCCCAUUAGGAAAAUUAGAGUAAAUUCAAAUGGCGCAAAAAAGAAGAAGAUUGUUUUGGUCGCACCCUCUUUUAUUGUUUCAGAGGCCUGUGGGAAGAAAGAUGAGAGUAACAUUUUGUAGGAGCCUUUUAAAGUUGCGAGUGUGUUAUAUCCAUUUAAGUAAUGUUAUGUCAAAAUGCUAUAUUUGACAUUGAGUCGGUAAAUUCUAUUUGAUUACUUCAUUCAAGUCGUA